AGAUGGUCGGUUGGGUAUGACGAGUGAAUGGCUUUCAAGCCCAUAACAUCGUUCCCCAAACCGGUUGGAUAGUGGGGCCAUCACACCGUGCGCCUUUCAACUCAGAGGAAACCUCACUCAACGAUUGUAAAAAUAAACUCAGUACAACUGGCUGCAAAAAACACAGCCCCAUCACUCGAAUCGUUACUUCUUCCACCUGAAAUUUUGUAACCCUCACAACAACAUCAACCCUUCUUUUACUUUUCAAUUUUCCGGGAGGUGAAACGCCCAGCAUCUAACCCGGAAAAAAAGGAUGCCGGGGCUGUUCGGUAGAUGGGUUUUGAAAAAGCAGAAGCGACGCUAUCACGUUUAUGCGGAUGUUUAAUGUCCAAGCUGUGUCCUGGCAUGUGUCCCGUGACCUUUGACCUGUGAUCUCCGGACUUCUUCAUGGCUGUCCUGCCGUGUCAGAACUGCUCAGGGGAGCCGCAGUGGCAGCAGGAGCGCACCGACACGAUGGUCAACCCCAUUUCGUCUUUGCUGCUGGUCCUGGGGGGGAAAAGUCUUCUGAACUGGGCUAUUGUGGGGCUGCAGAAACAGCACAUGAGCAGAAGCUUCCUGGGUUUCUUCUGCGUUUCCCUGACCGUGAUCGACACCCUGCUCUUUCUCUUGUUCUCUCUCAUUUACUGCUUGGAGGACUUCUGCUUCCUGGGAUUCCGUUUAACCAAGUAUCACAUUUGUCUCCUGGUGCAAAUCGCCUGCUACACCUAUGGCAUCCUGCACUGGCCCGUCUUCAUCCUCGCAGGACUGGACUACUACUGGACUCUGCCCCGCCCCGGUCAGACACACUGGGCCUGGAAACUAGCAUAUGGAGUGGCCGUCUUCGUUGUUUGGAUUUUGGCCCUACUGUACGUCUUUUGUUCUUCAGUCUUCUAUCCUGAGGUUGAUGACAGUUUCCACCUUCUGCUGUACGAGUGCUUCAUCUCCACCAGCACGCAGUGCUUCUCUCUCUCUUUGGGCCUCCUUUGUCUUUUAUGCUGCAUCCUGGUUUAUUGUCUGCCUGAAUUUGUCAUCUCCUACAAGACUGUAAAAUACAUGACCUGGACAGGACAACCCAUCUCAAAUUUACCUGAAACCAUGGCCCGUGGAGUUAGACAGUCUAAGAAGCAUGUUCUGGGCAAGUUGACUGUGUGUUUCCUCAGUACCUGGACCCCAUUUGUGUGCUUACAGGUUGUCAUUGUUUUGCUAGGUGCCGAGAUCCCUGCAUACUUGGACAUGAAUGUACCUUGGUUGUGCUUUUUGAACAGUUUCCUCAUCGGUGGGGUCUAUUGGUCCCAGUACCAGGUGUUUAAAGAUCAGAAGAGCCUGUCAUUUCCUGAUGGAUUCUGCAGCUGGAAUUCCAGCCCAUUUCCAAGAGACAGUGAGAUUGCUCCAGAUGCUGAACUGAGCACCUCUUUAAAAGCUGAGACUCCUUAAGGCAUCCUGUCUCCUCCUGACCUCUGUCUGAUGAGGCAUGCUCAGACAGAAAAAAACCCUUUUCUUUAAAAUGAUAAAAAGAAUUAUUACUAAGUUGGAUUCUGGUCAUUGAUUGAAACCAGAAAGAAGAAAA